GGAAAACAAUGUCAACUCAUCUUGCGUUUCGAGAAGAUCAAAUUCGGCCUAUAUAGCACCGGAGUGGUGAACUGAAGAAGAACAAGCUUCGAAGGCGGAGUUGUGAGCUUUUGUGAAUUCCAUUCGAGGAAAACAAUGUCUGCAGAUAUAGAUAUUCAGUUUUUACCAGAAGAGUGUUGGGAAUGUGUAUUGACAUUCCUGAAUAAGCAGAAGUAUCAUCAUUACAUGGAAUCUGUCUCCCUCGUCUCCAAGCAAUUCCUCUCCAUCACCAACCGCAUCCGAUCCACCCUCGCCAUCUCCGACCACACACUCCCCUUCCUCCCUCUCCUCCUCCACAGGUUCCCCAACCUCACCUCCCUCGAGUUCACGCACUUCUAUGAUUUCCUCGACACGGUUCUCUUCCAAAUCUCGCGCUACCCCUUGCGCCGCCUCACAUCGCUCAACAUCUCGCACCGUGCACCAUUUCCCACAGAUGGGUUGCGAGCUUUGGCCGAAAACACAAAAACUUUGACCUCUCUCAAUUGCUCUGACAUGGAUUAUCUCUCAUACUACGACUUCCUCUUCAUCACCAAUUCUUUCCCUUUCCUCGAAGAACUCGACAUUAGCCAUCUCAAAAGUCGUGGGAUAGAGCCUUUGCCCAAGCUCCUCCGCAAGGUUAAUCUCUCUGGCGGAUCCUUCAUUACCGACGCAGAGCUUAUCAGUGCGUGCAAGAACUGUAAGUUUCUCGAAGAAUUGGUCAUCUUUCAAUGCCCUUUGUUAACCCAGCGUGGCAUUGCUUCCGCGAUCCGCCAGAGACCCGGUUUGAGGUCUUUCUCCGUUGAACUUACCAAGAGCGUGAUUGUCACUAAAAGCUUCAUUGGUUCAUUGGUAAGUUUGAAGAACUUGACUUGUCUUGAUUUUAAGGAUUCGUGUAUCUCGGAUAAAUUGCUCUGCUCUGUAGCAGAGGAAGGUCUUCCUUUGAGGAAGCUUGUCCUCAAUCGUUGCCGCAACUACACCUAUUCUGGAAUCUUGUACUUGUUGUCAAGGUGUCAGUUUGUCCAGCAUUUGGGUCUUCAAUAUGCUGAAUUUCUGAAUGAUCAGCUUCUCACCGAGUUGUCUAUAUUUCUGGGUAGUUUGAUAUCUAUAGACAUUAGGCGCUGUGGGAUUCUCACAGAUUCACCCCUUUUUGCACUCAUCAGGAACUGUCCUUUGCUCAAUGAGAUCAAAUUGGAGGGAACAGAUAUUGGGAAAAAGAAGGUCAAGUAUUCCAAUUCAUUCAUGAAUUGUUUUGUGAACCCUCAGGUGAAGUCUCUCCAUUUGGCUUGGAAUCCAUCGUUGAGAGAUGAAAGCAUCAAAAUGUUGAGUUCCAUUUGCCCCAAUCUGCAGAUGCUUGACUUGAAUUAUAGCGGAGGGAAUCAGAUAUCUGAAGCUGUUGUUGGAGUUUUAAGGAGAUGCUGUAAGAUGAGGCAUUUGAUUCUAGGCUACCAUUCACGAGUGAAGUUGCAUCAGAUGAACUUUGAUGUUCCCAAUCUGGAGGUGUUGAGCUUUGCUAGUUCAGGAAUUGAUAAUCAAACUCUGUCUGUGGUCUCAAAGAAUUUCUGUGGCCUUCUGUACCUGGACCUAUAUAAUUGUCGAAGUGUCACAACCAAGGGAGUGCGGGAAAUAGUAGAAAACUGCAAAAACCUGAGAGAGAUAAACUUAAGUCAUUGUUAUAAAGUGAAUGGCAGUGUUGUUGCUUGGAUGGUAUCUUCAAGACCAUCAUUGAGAAAGAUAGUGCCUCCACCUGAUUUUAAACGAAGUGCCAGCCAGAGUGAACUGUUCUUGCGUCAUGGAUGUCGUGUCUGCUGGUGAGAUGGUGUGAAGUGAGGGGGGAAGAUAAACACUGAGGAGGCCCUCUUAUCUUAUGAGUCUGCUUAUGAUUAUGGAACGGUUGAAGGCAUGCCUGCCGUCUACGCCGGUGAAGAUAUACAAUUCUGAGGAUGACUUGAUUUCAGAAGAGGAUCCUGAGAAUGAUGAUGACAGAGACGCUUAUGAAGUACUUGUUCCAAAACUUUCUUUGGAAAAAGACUUUGAAUCUGCUCAUGAAGUUGAAUCAGAUGAAGAAGAUGAAGUCUAUAGGAAUGACAUAUUUGAAGGGCUUCAAAUUAGUCACACCGAGAUGUUUGCAGAUUUGGACGACGAAGAGAAAUUUUUGCAUCAGGGUGGCGGCCAGGAGCAUGUUCACGAUUCUGCCUCUACACCGGCAGUGGUGGUGGUUGAGCAGCAGCGGCCAGAGACGGAGCAGCCAUGAGGGGUGGCCAUGAUUUCAAAUUCAAACGUCAUCAAUGCAUCCUUCAAUACAUAAGAGAAACUCAAGGAGCAGUUACAGGUGUUAUUGGCACCAGGUUAUACGUUGAAGGAGUUAGAGGGAUGGAGGAGCAACUUAAAUUCAGAAGGAAUCUUGAUAAAAGAAAAUCAACCUUGUAUUAAUGAAUUUCAAAAUCCUGUUAUUAACUUUGAUAACAAAUUUUCUGUUACAGAUUACUCUUUUAAA